AAAUUUUCAAUACAUUAUAGGAAUUCUCUGAUGAUCAGCUUCAGAUUCAAAUCCCAACAUCCAAAUCUUUAUUCGCUGUUUUGUCAAAAAAUCGGUACCAGGUUUGCUUAUGCAAAAAUAAUAAACCCAGAUGGAGUCCCCUAAUAAUCGUUUGGAAAAAGAUGAAUCAUCCAGUGGAAAUGAAGAAAUUGAUAAAUUCAUUAAGGAAACAAUCGACGAAAAUAAUUGUAAUUAUUAUUACUACUAUUAUUACAAUCAUCCAUUAUUUCUUGAAUGGGUACCAUAUGAGAGAUUUGAAAACAUAAACCAAAUUGGUGAAGGUGGAUUUGCAAAAGUAUAUUCUGCAACAUGGAGUGAUGGUAAAAUAAAAUAUGCUAAACAAGAUGAUGGAAAAUGGAAAAAAAUAGGUUCUGAACCUAUGAAAAUUGCUUUGAAAAGAAUAAAAGGAUCACAUAAUAUGCCACCUGAAUAUUUAAAUGAGGAUACUACUUAUCUAAAAUUUUAUGGAUUAACUAAAGAUCCAAAUACUAAAGAAUUUAUGAUGAUUAUGGAACUCGCAGAUCAAGGAAAUUUAAGAAAUGUUCUUUCAAAAGAUUUUAAAAAUAUUUUAUGGAAGGAUAAAUUAUAUAUUUUAAAUAAUAUAAUACGAGAUCUUAAAAAUUUACAUAAACUAGGAUAUAUUCAUAAAGAUUUUCAUAGUGGAAAUAUAUUACAAACUUGUAAUUCAAAUAAUAAAACAAAUAUUUCGUAUGUUUCAGAUUUUGGAUUAUCUAGACCAAUCAAUGAAAAAAAUUCAGAUAAUAAAAUAUAUGGUGUAUUACCAUAUAUUGCUCCAGAAGUUUUGAAUGGUGAGCCAUAUACAACAUCUUCUGAUAUUUAUAGUUUUGGUGUAGUUAUGGCUGAAUUGUCAACUGGAAGACCACCUUUUUAUGAAAGAAAACAUAGUUUGAGUUUAGCAUUAGAAAUAUGUAAUGGAUUCAGACCAGAAUUUGGAAAAGGAACCCCUGAAAUUUAUAAGAAAUUAGCUUAUAGAUGUAUGAGUGCAAAUCCAAAACAAAGGCCAACAGCUAAUGAAUUACAUACAUUAUUAUAUUAUUUGUACUAUUGUAUAUUUGAUAUUGAGAAUUUUCCAUACUCUGAAGAUGAUUUUCAAGAAAAGUUUGGACAUGAAAUAGAAGAAAUUAAGCUUAAAUUUAAAAAAGCUGAUGAAGAAAUAAAAAAUAUUUCAACUUUAUAUAAAAAUAAUUCUGAUGCUAUUUACACUAGUAGAGCAUUUAAAUUUAAUAACUUACCAAAACCAAUAGAUUCGACCAUUAUUCUUUCAUACUUAGAUGAUGAUAACUACCGAGAAUCGAUAGAACAUGAUUCUCAAUUAAAUAAUUUAGAUGUGUUAAAUAUUAGUAUUAAUAGUUAA